GCGUUCUGUGAGCAGGGCGUUCCUUGGAUCACCUCUGGUGUUUACAUCCUAACACGAAGUGCUUAAGUAACUUCAACAUGUCAGCCUCCAUAGCACGGGCGACUGUAAGGGCGGUUAGCAGACGGAAAAUACUGCCAACAAGAGCCGCUUUAACCCUGACGCCUUCAGCUGUGAAUAAAGUCAAAGAGCUCUUACAGAAUAAACCAGAAUAUAUCGGCCUGAAGGUUGGUGUUCGAACUAGAGGUUGCAAUGGCCUCACUUAUACUCUCGACUAUACUAAAGAGAAAGACAAAUCAGACGAGGAGGUGCUGCAAGAGGGCGCGCGAGUGUUCAUUGAGAAGAAGGCCCAGCUGACGCUGCUCGGCACAGAGAUGGAUUUCGUCGAAACGAAACUUUCCAGCGAGUUUGUAUUCAACAAUCCUAACAUCAAAGGGACGUGUGGUUGUGGAGAGAGCUUCAACAUGUGACCCUCGACCCUUCCAGGACAUCCCAUCCAAUCAAUCCUAGAUUGGAGAAAGAGACUGAUGCUUUAGUGGCCUGUUUGGCCAUCAGUUCCUGUGCUGUCGCCUCAA